UUGUCUACAUCCGCCAUCUGUCUGUCCAGUAGACAGUGAGGAGCUGGCACUGUUGCCAAUGGAGACCAGGCUCGAGCUGGAUGUUUUGAUAUACCCAGACGAGGUGAGGGUGGCCACCCCAGAGGAUCUCAAGGAGUGGGAGCUUGAGACAGCGAGCCAGGUGUCCAUCGCCACCGUUCGACUCUUUGUGGCGCUUUACCCUUACAACCCUGCCGCCAUGUCUCCCAACCUGGACACGGCUGCAGAGGAGCUGCCCUUUGUGCCGGGUCAGAUCAUCAAGGUAUUUGGAGAUAAGGACCCUGAUGGCUUCUACCAUGGAGAAUCUGGUGGUCUCUCUGGUUAUGUGCCAAGCAACAUGGUGGCUGAAAUCCCAGUGGAUGACGAGUACCUGAAGCACGUUCUGAUGCAGCAGGGUUUCCUGCCUGUGGAUCAUGCAGGUAUGGGUUUAACACCUGAUCUGAGUGACACUGGCAGUAUUCGUGAAGAUGUGAUCGUUCGAAGAAUGGUGGCCUUAUUUGACUAUGAUCCAUGGGAAAAUUCACCCAACAUGGACAGUGAUGUCGAACUGGGUUUUCGAGCUGGAGACAUCAUUUAUGUUUUGGGUGAUAUGGAUCAAGACGGGUUUUACUAUGGAGACCUUCAUGGAAGACGAGGUUUGGUUCCCUCAAACUUUCUACAGCCCUUACCCUGGAACUAGACGCCGAGCUUACACAUCUGCUACUAAUGCCAAGUCUCCGACACAAUCGAAUCUGCAGCUUUGAGGAAAUGUUAAUAUGUGUCAAAAAUUUGUAUAUUUUUAAUUUUUUAUAGCAGCGUGGCACGCUAUCAGGUGUAGCUGGCCUUUAAACGAGGACGAACAGCUCUUCAUUAUCAAUCAAGAUAAGGAACAGUGAAAAGAAAUAGUCAGUUUAUAGAAAAAGGUUAUUUAUUAAUAAUUUUAAAGAAAGAAAAUGCCACUCACAUUAUGAAUACAGUAAAAACAAAUUACAAACCAUGUUUUAUUUAUUCAAGAAUGUAUUACCUUUUUGUAAUCAAACAACAUUUGUAUUUCCAGGGAAUUUACUUGAUGUUUUUCAGGUAACUUCAGUUAUAGCCUUAAGGAUACACUUUUAGUCUCCGCUUGGUGCAGACCAGAG